CAAUAAACCUAAAUUAUCUUCCGUUCUAGACUAUAAUAACGCUCUGGUCGAUAAACUUUUGAUCUUGUCUUGGCGGAAAAUCAUUUCAGCAUGGUCGAGAAGCUUCCUUCAUUGAAGCUUCAACUGCAAGGACCCCUGUCGAACCUGCGGGAUGGCUAUAUCCCACACCUACCGUCGUCGCAACAGGCAACGCACAUCAAUCGAAUAUUCCUUGACGGGCCCGAAGUCCGCGAGGAAGUUUUUGUCAAGGAACAAGGCGUGCCGCAGCGAUAUGUCUCUGAUGCAGAUGAUGCCCGGUGCUGUCACUGGGUGGCCUACGCCACGAGAGAAGCUGAAGAAGAUGGGCGUGCCAUUAUUCCCAUUGGGACAGUUCGUCUCUUGCCGUUUCCUCAUCUCCCACACCCUCUGCCAGGUGCAAAGUACCCAGAAAUAGAUUGCGAGGGCAAUUUUCUCCCUUCACCGCCCGAAGUGCCUGUUAGCGUUGCCGACCGAGCAACCACUCUGCAUGAUGGCGUAGAGCCGUACAUCAAGCUCGGUCGAUUGGCAGUGCGCCAGGAGUUUCGAGGAAAAGGCGUUGCCCGGGCAUUGGUAGUAGCAGCUCUCGAAUGGGCCCGUCAGCAUCCAUCUUUUUUCAAUUCAUUGGUAACUAAAGCCCUGUCGAAAGAUCCUUCUCCGCAAAAUGGAGAAAACAAUCAAGCCGAGAAUUUUGCGUGGCGAGGGCUCGUAUAUGUGCAUGCACAAUCCAAAGUAAUUCCAGCGUGGACAUCGUACGGUUUCACCAUUGAUGAAGGCAUGGGCACGUGGCAUGAAGUAAAUAUUCCCCAUGUCGGCAUGGUUUUUCGACUCGAACUUGAAGGGUAGAUCUUCCUGUGUUUGGGGUAAACACGAAUAUGAUUCAAUUAUUGUACCUAUAUUUUAUUAUUAUUGCAGACAGAGGCACCCGUUGUAAU